GUACUCUGUGCAGAGUUGAUUUAACUCUGGGGAUUUUACCGUGUAAUGUGCAUGUUCAUCAUGUGAUUUGUUAACAUCACACGAGUGAUCUUGUGUCGUACUGUCUUGUUUUUAUCAGUAAAACCACAUUUGGCUGUGUUUGUGCUGUAAAUAACUGUGGCAAAACGAUUGCAAUAACAAUUGAAAACCUGUUUUAAAUUCUUUUUGAACAAACCUGGUGGAUGCCUACAGUAUUUUAGGAAGUCAAAAUCAUGAUUUUGCAUUGUGAAAGUCAUUAUGUCAAAUGAAGCAUGUACUUAAGUCAAUGGUGUAGCCACGAUCCUAUGCAAAUCUGAGAGAAAAACAACCAUUUUGAAAGUCAAAUGUGUUUGGACUAAAACAAAGGCAAAGAGGGGAUACUUAGAGAGAAGAAGAGUGCUGAUACGAGUUUUUGCUGCGGUUGGGUUUAGGUCAGUAGAGCAGGCAACUUGUGUGGAAAAUUGUUGGAGUAUUUAACUACAAUGUUUCUGCAGAGAAAUAUAUAUUUGCCUUGUUUGAAAUGUAGAGAAAAUCUUAAGACAACUUUUUUGUUGUCUCAUGGUCUUUUACUUGAUUAUCUAGGAUGAUGUUGGAUUAUCUUUAGAGACUUUUUUGACAUCCUAUGGAUUUUAGAAUUUUUUGGUCAUCACUUUAAUUUACUUUGUUCUAAUUAGUUGCUUUGUGACAGGAUUCUGUGUUGCAUGUAAUCAAAAACAUUCAAUUUAUCUAUACACAUUGUAUAUUUUUUUUCUGUUAUUCUUCUUUUUGUCUUUUCUUCCAGCAAGUUAAAGCAAGUUUAAGCCAUAAUCAUGCUUGUUGUUCUGCUGAUCGCAUCAAUGUUUUGCCAAGGUCUUACAGUAGUAAGCUAUGGAAACAACUUCAUCACUGCCUUUCCGGAGAACCUAGGUUUCUUCUAUCCGUCUUCUCUCGGGAACAUACUAAAAGUCACGGCACUUCAUGACAACACUAACUUCACGGUCUUCUACAAAAACACACAGAAAGUCGUACAAAUCCAGCGGUCAGGGCAGACCAUGAUUGUGAAUUUUCCAGAAUCUGCUGAAGUAAAUCAACUAGGCUCUUCAAACGCAUCUGUAAGAAUUACCAGUGACAAAAGCAUCACAGUGGUUUCUGUAAGUAAGCGGGACACAAGCAUCCAGACCAAUGUCGUCCAGCCCACGGUAAACCUUGGUACAAACUAUAUGAUCCCUAUGCUGGAUUACCCAGAGUAUCUUGCAUCCUUCGACCUACCUAGUCUUGUCAGUACAACCAUGAGAUACAGCUCAUUCAAGUUACUCAUUAUCAAUGCGGUGGACAGUCAAAACAGCAUCACUAUAGUCAAGCAAACAUCAACAGAUGUUCAAGAAGAGACGUUCAAUAUCGACUCUUAUCACCUGGUCCAGCUUCAGACCAACGGUUCCAUUCUGAGGGUCAAAUCUAGCAAAGAAGUAGCUGUGAUUUUGACCCACCCGUGUGUGGAGACUGCAGACUGUAACUGUAACAUGGUAAUGAAUCAGAUUCUUCCCACAAAGCUUCAGGGUCGGAGCUUUAUCAUACCUUCCAUUUUCAACGUGGCCAAGACCCGGUUACUUGUGCUGUCAGAAAACUCGUCUUCGCUAUUUCACGAUGGUAACCAGAUACAAGCUACUUCCUCAGCUCUUCUGCCAUUUUCAAACCUGGAGACAUCUCAACUGGUAAAUUCUUCAGGCAGAGUGUCCCUCAGACUUGUCAGUCCAGGCCUCAUUGUGGAAUUGAUCCCAGACACCAUGUUUUUUGCUUGCUACCUGCUGCAGUUUAAUUCAACUAAUGGCAAGGCUGUGGUGAUAGCUGAAACAGACAGCAAAGAUGAUGUGCGCACACAUGAAGGAUUGCUUCCAGCAUCUGAAUGGACUGCAAUUGCUGGCACAAAGUUCUCUUCAACUGUAGUUACUAUACCAGACCUCAGGGCCACAGUCUGGCAUCCGACCUCAAAGAUUGCUGUUUAUAUGUUGGAAUACAUGUCUGAAAAAGUAGUUUUUGGAGGCCCAGCUAUACCCAUCAAUGAAAAACCAGAUCUGCAUGGCUGUAUGUUGGUUCCUGGAGCAUUUUCGGUUGGACGUGACUCUCUGAAUUGGACGGAGUCACGUGAGUUCUGCAUGAAUAAUGGAAAUCAGCUUGCCUGUCCUGUAAGCAAAGCCGUCCUGCAGGACAUGGCUGAUAACCUGACCACAGAGGACGGGCAUGGCUGGAUAGGUCUCCGCCGCAGUCUACUAACUACAGAGUGGUACUGGCAGGACGAGCAUGAACCCCCAACUAAUGUCAGUUACGUUCACUGGGAUGACGGGCAUCCUUUGGACCCUUUGAAGGGCUUAUGUACUUCAGUGUCCCUGGACUCUAAAAAUGAUUUCAAAUGGCACAGUGCUCGUUGUUGUGAUAAAAAGAAGCCUGUCUGCUACAAAAGGCCAGCAUACCUCAAUCCUCUAUAAGAUUGGUUUAAAGACAUGUUUAGUGCUUAUUAGUAAAGUGCUAUUCUUCAGGAUCAUUAAGUUUAUAUUUGCAUCACCACCUGCAUAUCUGUAUUUUUAAAUAAAUGUCAUUUGUCUUUAUACUAGAUUUAUAUUAGAUGCAUAAUAAUAUUAAAUAAGGCUAAUGACUUUUUUGAAAUUAUGUCAAGCAGUUGCAUUGAUACCAUAAAUGAAUGGAAAUGUUUUAAAACAUUCAAACUGAUCCUGAAUUAAACUGUUUUCAACUUAGCUCAGACAUCAACUCAAAUGGAAGCAGGAAGAUCCUGGAGUCACAUCAACAAUAAAAUUAAAUUAAAACUCUA